CACAGUUCGGAAACGGCCGCUUUAAGAAUAAGUGCUCGCUUUAUGUGCGGAGUAGCCAAUGAAAGUGGCAAAGUAGAGCGCUUUUGACGGCGCGACGUGAACAUGGCCAGAAAAAUACCUUUUAAUGUGGUAUUCGCCUCAGUUGCGACUGGAUUUGGAUGAGAUCUAAAGACGAGGAUGUUAACUUUCCGGCCAGCGAGCUAAAUAAUCACGGCCCCACAGUUCACGGAUGGCGAAGUGCUCCGAACGGCAGCCUCACCUCACAUGACAUCAUCCUCCGAUUCCAGCAUCCGGCCAAAAUCUAUCGCAUUCAGCUCCUGGCGCACCAGUAUCUUAUACCUGAGAAAGUGGAACUGUGGCUGCAUUACUCUCCUAAAUCCCUGCCCAGCACUCCAUCCUCGCAGUACUUCGACUUUCUGGGUUUUGUUGCCUUAGCGGAUAAUGCGAACACCAACUACAAGUCCCGGGAGCUGCAGAGCGUCACCGUGUGUCCACGUAGAGGCACUCAUCUCAAGCUGCGUCUGAUUGGCGUCCAAGGAAACGACUACAAUGACACAGGCCAGAUUUCCCUACUAGCGGUAAACGUCCUUGGCGAGGAUCUAGAAGCAGGGUCGAAUAAUGGCAACGGAGAGGAGCACUUGGCCAACGAGGCCCCGCCGUUGGACACGGCCACCGGAGAACUGGCGCUGGCCUCCAUAUGUGAUGACCUGCUCUUCUCCAUGUACGUGGAGGAGUCAAUAGUGCAGACCAUUCGAGAGUUGGAGCAGCGGAAGGUUUUGGCCGUAAACUCCGAAAGGUUCGAGUACGCUCGAAAACUAAAGCUAUGCAUGACAGCUUUAAGGACUGCCGGAGAACGUUUGGGACGCUAUGCCCUGGCCAAGAGGCAGGCUGUUCAGCAGGAAGACUUUAGCACGGCCAGGCUUCGCAAGGAGCAGGUCGAGAUGUACCGGGCGGCAGUACUUCGACAAUUGCAGGUGCACCAGCUUCUGGAAGCGCAGGGCGUUGCCUUAAGCUCCAAUGACCAAAGCUGUGAGAUCUAUGCGGGUGGGAAGCCCAGUCUGCCGUCGGCUCCCAGCCUGCAGGAUGUGGCACAGGCACUCGCCGAGGCCACAUUUAGUCCCAAGAGCAUGACGAGUCUCAGCUUAGAGGACAAGUCCUCGACGGAUGGCUCCCAGCCCGGUAACGAUAAUAUGGUGACAGCUCCUGGGCCUACUCCUACACCCGCUCCUGCGCCCUCCUCUUUGCAGGCCACUCCCACGCUGGGGAGCUGGCGCAAGUCCCACGACGAGCUGCCGCAGUCGCCACGUCUACCCUCCAGGCACAGCUCACCCAUGUCAAGUCGACAGGGAUCGCUGCGCAGGCGCAACAAAAGCGUGCCACGCAACUCCUAUGAAGAUUACGAGGAGCGGGCCAUUCCCACGCUGCGACAUUCAAAUACUAAUGAAUUUUUAAGGGAGUGCCAAGGAAACGCGCUGCUAGAGGCGGAUCCAAACCGGGGACGUUCGCGACUGAACGACCGCGAGCGUCGCCAGGCAGCGCUACCCAUCCUGGUCUUUGGGAAUGAGCUGGUGGAGCAGUUCUACUCGCGUCAGUUUCAGGACCGGGAAGAUGGCUUAAUGCGUCUGCGUAACUUCCUAAAGGAGCACGACCUGGUGGAGUCAUCGAGCAACGAGCACGCUGCCAGUCCCAACAAAGUGGCCCGCAGCGCUGCUCUGCUACUGCACCGCGCUGUAAGGGACGCCGUUUACUCGGUGUUUAGCCAGGCCACGGAGACGGUGCGCAUGCUGUUCCUAGAGUACGUGCCCGGUCGAGUUUCCCCCAACGAGGUUGCCCGCUGCGUUGAUCGCCUGCUGCCCGAAUUGUUGGCCAAGUCCGGGGAUCCAUCUGCUCGCCUGCACACUCUGGCCCAGCACACGAUCCUCAGCAUCGCCGCCUGUCCAGAGGUUGCGGAGCAGCACCUGGUUGCCCCGGCACUAUCACGAAGCGUUGGAUCCGGAACCCACCAGCGACUGGCAAUGAGUCGGCUGCAGAUGCUGGAACAGCUAGUGCACACUCAGGGCAUCAGCACGGACAAGCAUAGUGGUCUCACAUGCAGGGCAUUGUCUGAGUGUGGCUGCUCCGGCAUCCAUCAUCCCGCGGAGCCUGUGCGAAAGGUGGCCGAACGCAUCUUGCUGCUUGUCUACAAGGUGAAUCCCCGACUAGUGCGUAAGCAAUUGCCUCCGGAUGACGACAUCACGCGUCGCAACCUCUUGUACCGCCAACUCUUUACCGAAUUCGACAAGUUGGAUCUCGAUCGCAAGCAGGAGCUACUGGAUGCAAGCAAGUAUGGGGGAGGUCACAGCUCGGGUGAUGCGGCCACCCCGCCGACGGACAAGGCGUCCACCAGCUCAGAUGCCUCUCGUCUGAUGAAUAGUCGAAGUGGUCAUAGCCUGGGCCCAAUGGCCAGCUCCAGUAACGGAUAUGCAAGCUGCAAUGGAAAGCAGCAGUACAACGAGCAACUCAAGCGCUCAAUGCUAUCCGUCACCAACUCGCGCAAGGGAUCCGCUUCCAACUCGGAGUCCACAGAAGACAACACACCCAAAAUACGUUGCCCCUUUUGCGACUGGUCAUGUGCUGGCAGUGACGCUACUCAGUUGGACCGACACUACUGGAAGGCCUGUCCUUUCCUCACCAAGUGCCCGCAGUGCAGUCAAGUGCUGGAGGUAGCUGCUUUAAACUAUCACCUGACAACGGAAUGCGAUGCCAAGGAGAGCUACGUGGUUUGUGUCCGCUGCACUGAAUCGGUGCACAAACAGCUAUAUGAACUGCAUCAGAUGGAGGACUAUUGUCGGGAACUGAAAACGGGUGCUGCUCGAUGUCCCCUCUGUCAUGACGAUGUUCACCUACCCCAGGACGGCGGCUGGAAAUUGCAUCUCCUGAGCGCCGGCGGGUGUCCCGGAAAUAUACGCAAGAGGAAUCUCAAGAAGUCAAAUUAAAAACCGUACACUUUACCUAUCUGUAGGCCUAGCGAAUUAGCGAAUUUAUUGAAGCAACUAUUCUAGGCAGGAUACUUACUCAAGGAAGCUAUCUCAUUUCAGUAGCAGCAGCCGCAGUCAUUUCGUUAAGUUAACCAAUUCGUUUCUCACUCAGAGCAUUUAAGUUAGACACAUUUUGUUAAACCAGUAGUUAGAUCUACUUUGUGCAUUCUUUUGUAUUUUUUGUACGCAAUGUGAUUUGUUAAAUGAAACAUGAAUUUUUGAAUCGUCCUUACAAUAAAUAAAUCCCAUCCAAACAGUU